AAAAUUGAUUUUACCAAACGUCACUUUGACUUGUAUAAAAAUUCAAGUGGGAAUCUUUUACGAUAAUUUUCAAAAUUAUGAGAGUGAAAAAAAGGAAAGUAGUGGAGAUUAAUUACCCUCCGGUGCCGACUAAAAAAUGGAUUCCUCCCGACGAAAGACCGAAAAAAUCGAAAAAGAAACCGGUUUAUAUAAAACCAGAAGGCAUUACUCAAAAACUAGAAAUUUCUAGUUUGAGAAAGGUGUGGCACCAAUUCUGUUAUUAUGGGAAAAAUGCAAUAUUAUUAGGACAUUAUGGGCAAACUUCGAAAAAGUAUUUGGUUAAAACCAGGGGGCUACAAGGUGCUUGCAAUUGUGCAGUAGCCUGUAUUUUCGCUUACCUCUUUCCGAUGGACACAUGGGAUCGAAAUACAAUCGACAGGAUUCUGGAUCUAGGAAACAACUUAUACAUAACAAGUAUACAGCAAGAUCCUGACAGAUGUUUGGUUUACGUAUCCACGAAUAAAGUUUUCAAAUCAAUUUAUUUGGACAGAGAUAAAAUAUCUUUUGAAAUUGAUUGUAAAAACGUUAUUGAAACAAAAUUUUCCUCUGUAGCGGAAGACUUCGUUAAAGAAACUUUUAUGCAUAGCUUAGAAACGUUUUUUACUCAUUAUCCUUCUGGUAUAGUCACCAUGUUGGGAAAAUAUCUAGCUAUUUGGAUCCAAGAUGAAGCCUAUUAUCUUUUCGAUCCUACUGAACACACUGAAGAUGGUUUUCCUGCUUUCGGCGUACAAUGUCAUUCUAGACAAAUUGAGCAAAACUAUCCAAGAUACCCACCAAAAGGUGAAGGUUUUGCAGUACUAUACCGUUGUCUAACUUUAGAUGACCUAGUUAAUUUUCUAUAUCUCAAUUUAAAUGUACACGUCCCGAUCGCUAAAUUUACCCUAGAAGGGUGUACCGUGGAAAGAUUUACCCACCUAAAUCUAGAACCUCCAGAAAAAAUAGAUGAUUUAGAUAUGGUCAAAGAGCAAAUGUUAACGAUGGAUCAACUAUUGGAGAGGAAAAGCGAACCCGGUUUUGAUUUGACCAAAGAAAGACUCACUACAUACCUGGCCGAGAUAGAAGAUGAUAGGGAUGUGAGAAAUUUGGAAAUAUUAGAGAUCGCGCCUGAUGUUACUGAUAAUCUAUCUCCAUCGAAGCGUCCUUCUUGGUUACAAGAACCUUUCGAGAAAUCGGAUGUAUGCAAGUUUCCCAUUCCACAAAAAAAUAGACCGGAUACUAUCAGCUUUUAUAUUGAUUUGGAGCCUGAAGGUUCGAAAGGAAUAAUGAGAGCGGAUACUCAUCAGACGGACCCGAAUUUUUCCAGAUACAAAGGACGUCAAAGUAUGGGAAAUGCAAUUUCUUCUCUAAUUAUGUUGAAAUUCUACAAAUCGAGAUAUUGGGUACCUGCCUUACUGAAUAAAAUACUCAAAUAUGGUGAUCUACUAUACAGAGAUGCUAUGAUUACUAUACCAAGGACUCAAGAAUUGAAGCUAUCGAAUUUUCAAAAAAAGACCGAAUAUUGGGAUAGAAAAUUCACUCCGAAGGUUGAAGAUUUCGUCGUUGUUGGUAGAUUGAUAUCGAGCAAUUUCGAAGUACUAGAUUUACUAUCAGCUUUAGAUAGUUAUUUAAUAGAAAACAGUUGCUGUGUCAUCAUCGGUCCGAUAACUUUAUCGAUUUGGAUAGAGGACGGUAAAUUUUAUUCGUUCGAUCCAAAUGGAAGGGAUACAGAAGGAAAAGCAAUAUCCGAAGAUGAUUUACAAAUGAAUCCGAAUCUCGGAAGGGCUUGCGUCAUGUGGUUUUCGAAAUUAAAAGAUUUCGUCGAUUUGUAUAUGCAUAACGUACCGAAAUAUAUGAGGACGGAUCCAUUUUAUAUUAGUAAAGUACAAAUUACUGAUUACGUUGAUCUACCGGAAUCUUGGUAUAACUUUAAAAGUAUUUUUCCUGGGGUAUGGAUACUAAGAGGCAAUAUGAGUCAAAGUGAUAGAGUAUUUGAUGUGGUAUCAAGAAAUUUCCAAAGCCCGGCGAUGUGUUUGGUAAUGUUAGCCAUGCAACAGACAUUGCCUAUCAAAGAAUUCGUUAAAGAAACCAUAGAUGAAGUUCUAGAAAUUGGGGACAAGUUCUAUAAAGAUUCGAUCGAAAUUUUAACGGAAAAGGAACAAUUCACUGACAGGAUGCUGAUGUUAACCGACAUCAAGAAAAGUUUUCAGUGGAUGGAUAAAAUUGUGGACUUUGAUGUAGAGGAAUGUGUUUCUAAUGGUAUUUUUGAUUGUAAGGAGAAUAAUUUUGAAAAGGUUGUAAGAGAUUAUUUUUCUAAUUACGAUUCCGGAAUAAUAACCUGCAAAGUUAUGUCGGUAGCUCUAUGGAAGAAUGAAGAUAAAUAUUAUUAUUUCGACAGCCAUAAUAGAGAUGAUAAAGGAUUAUCGACGCCCUAUGGUACUGCUUGUAUCUUGAGGGCGAAUCAUUUAGAAGAUUUAAUAGAAAUUUUGUUAGCGAAUUUCGCCCCAACUAAAGAAAAUUAUUAUAAUAUUCAUAACGUAAAAAUAACUUUCUCUCAAGUUGACGCAGAUCAAUUGAUACGUCCAAUAAUGGAAUUUUACAAAAGAUUAAGCGAAAAUAAAUCGAUUUUGAGAUCCCUUUAUAGCGAAAUAUCUAACAAAUACGACUUGAACAUUGGGAAACAGACCAUACCGAUGUGUGUUAUGGCUUUAGGAUUCAACAGAUUAAAACCUUCCAUAGAAUGGAAUCAACAAGAUUUAGAUGAAAUUCUAAACAAAGGUGACGCGUAUUAUACGGCUAGUAUGAUAGAAAUACUAAAAGAAGAAGAAAUGGAACAUUUAUCUAAAAUACGAACCGGUAACGUCCCCACGUCAGGUCAAGAAAUUUCAGAGUACGAAACGAAAUCGGAAGAGGAAUCGAUUCCCAAAAAAGAAGAAGGUUCGAAAAAAUCUGAAGAAGAAGCAGUAGCGGUUAAAUCGGAAACAGUAGAAGAAGAAGAAAAAGAAGAAGAAGAAAAAGACGAACACGCUCCUCUAGAAAUAACAUUAGAUAACGUUAAAAAGGAAUUUAACAUAGGAUUUAAUAAGUUUAAUGUUGAAAUUGAAGAUGUCGAAGAAGGUUUGGUUCGACCGAAUUUGAAAGAAGCCCUUCGCAAUUUCUUCGAAACGCCCCAAACUGACGAUUAUUACAAUCAGGAAAUGAUGGUAAUCACUAAACCUUAUUCGGUUAUAACUUGGAGGGAUGAUCACGUCUGGUAUCUAUUCGAUCCCAAACCAAGAGAUAAAGAAGGUUAUGUGAUUGGCUUGGAGGACUGGAGCGAAUUCCGUCUACCGAAACCCCCCAAACAAAAGAAGAAUAGACGGGGAAUCACAAAAACACGUCCGGCGAUUUUAAACGAACCAGAAGGAGGAGACACUUUACAGAAUGUCACUAAUUACGAAGGUUUCACCGCCGGUGAAGGGCAACCCGAUUAUAAUCUAGCGGAUUACAUGGGCGGAGAAGAAGAAGAAAUCGAAUCGGAAGAAAGCGAAAUCGUUUAUCCUCAGAUGGUGCACAAGAGUUCGUCGUUUUGGAGGGAAAAAGAAAAAUCCGGUAAAGCUUGCGUUUUAGCUUUCAAUCGUUUAGAAGAACUUAUCGAACAUAUUUUCGCUAAUAUCCCGCCUAAAUUAACGCCGGAUACUAAAUUCGCUCUUAGAUCCGUCAAACUUGUCAAUAAUACAGAGCUCAAGUUGAGGUUCAAUCCGUCGUGUGAACGAAUGGAUAUUUACGAAGGAAAUUGGUAUGAUUUCGAAGAAGUCGAUCGAGGGAUGUGGAUUUUGAGAGGAACAAUGACGUUAUGUAACGAACUGUUUCCGAAAGAAAAUCGUGGAAAACAGCAACUACCAACCGCUUACGUCGCUCUGGCAACUGCUUAUAUAUUUUCAAUAGUGUGUUUCAACGAAUGCAGUAUAGACACGAUUUUGAAAUAUGGUGAUAGAUUAUGCACUUUCAUAAGGAAUUAUCGUAAGAAUCAACUGAUGAAAUUCAAUUGCAAUUGUGGCCGAGAUACCAGACUGUGCGAUGAUGAAAUCAACUGGGUAGUACAACACGAGAAAAUAACUUUAAAAGAUAUCCCGAAAAAAAUGUGUCUUUCGAAAUUUAUGGUAAAUGUAGACGUCGAACCGAACGUCGUAGUCGGUGAUAUCAACGCACAAAAUUUCGAAGACACUCUCGAUGUUAAACGUGGUCUUUCGACUUUCUUUGAAAACCAUCAGUACGGUUUGUUAGAAGCUAAAGGAUUAACAGUAGCUAUUUGGCGAGGUGCUAGGAUGUUCUACAUGUUCGAUGGAUUCAAUAGAAGUCGAAAUGGUACUAUAACUCCAUAUGGUACGGCCUGUAUUACGAGAUAUUUGAAUCUAGAAAAACUAGCUGAUAUAUUUCUAAGUAAUCUACCAAAAUAUGGUAACAAUUGCUUCACAAUUCAUAACGUCAGUAUGACUAGAGAUAUCUGUCCAAGGGAAAGGGAACCUAAAGUAGUGAUACCGCCCCCGAAGACGGUUAACGUCGGUGGAUUUGAAGAAAUAACACCAGGUAAAAGCAUUGUUAGAGGAUCCAUACACCAAGACGAUCCGAAAUUCGAUAGAAUGAAAAACUCCAUGUCGGCCCCCAUAGCAAUCGUGGCACUUACAAUGACUUUAAUCCACAAAACGAACACGUGGUCGAAACCGAUAAUAGAUGAAAUUAUUGAAAUCGGUUCUGAAUUAUAUGAUGAUUCUGUUGAAACUCUUGGGUACGAUUUCAAUCAAUGGGAAGACAAGUUGGUCAUUGAAAAUGUCAAUACUCAUUAUAACAUAGGAGUAUUGAAAGCUAGUUGUGAAAUAAGGAUGUCCGAUGUUAAAGGAAUCAUUGAUAUCAAAGAUCCAAAUACUUUGAAUUUAAGACAAGGAAUAGAAAGAUUCUUCGAAGAAAACACUCAUGGUAUCAUAGUUUCCGAGCCAAUUACUUUAGCUAUAUGGGAGGAAAUUCAAGAAGAUAAUCAACCUCUUAUAUACGUAUUUGAUCCUAACGAAAGAGGCCCUGCCGGUAUGCCAGAUAAUGGAGGCACAGCUUGUUUAUUGUGUUUCGUGAACGCAGCAUUAGCCGCCACCCAUCUCAUCGGGUGCAUACCGGAACCAAUGCAGAAAAUGUGCUGUUUCGAAAUAGCACCAAUAGAAAUAAUCGUAGGUUCGAUGAAAACGUCCUGUAAAAAAAAGAAAAUCAAAAGUAGUAUAACGAAUGUUUCUCCAAAGUGUGCCGAAGUUUCGGAAGACAAGAAAUUCCUGAGAAAAUACUUCGAACAACAAAGAAAGAAAAAAGAAGCUAAACGUAUACAACAACUUGGUCGUAAACAAUAUUACACCACGAAGGCUGGUUACUAUUUGAUUCGAGGUUACAACAGCCAAAAUUCCCCAUGUUUCACCGAUUCUUGCAGAAACUUACAAGAUAUUCCGAACUGCAUUGUGGCUAUAGUUAUGAAUCAUCUUAUUUCAGUCGAACAAUGGACUUCCAAAAACAUCGACUUGAUUUUAAUGGCAGGCAACCAGCUUUACAUAGAUUCCUACAUCGCGUACGGUCCAAAAGAUCCCAAACUUGGAAUGAAAAAUAUCGUUAGGAAGUUUUAUUUAAGACAUUUAACGAUACACGUUACAAUCUACAAACCCAUAAUUAGUGAAGUAUUUACCGUAAACGCGUUGACCAGAACGUUGAGUGUGUUAUUUACCCAAGAACAAUAUUGUAUUCUUAAUCAUUUGGAUCAAUGGGUAACGCUAUUUUUCAAAUCAGGUCUAUUUUAUAUGUUCGAUCCACAUGAGAGAGAUUUAGAAGGUUUCGCUCCAAAAAAACAAUAUUGCGGCUGCGGUUCGGCCAUUUUAAUGAGAUUUGACGAAAUCAGUAGUUUGGCAACAAGGCUAGUACAAAAUCUAUCGAAAAAAGAGAUAGUACAACAAGUAGACGAAGAGAUUGAAGCUGUUCGCGAAGAAGAAGAAGAAGUUUACGAAGAAAAUUUGUUUACGUUGUGGUUAGCAGCUGUUGAUAUUAAAUGAUUCAUUCUGUGUUUUGUCUCAAUUUGUAAUUAUAACAGAUUAUAAUAAUUAACUCGUAUACAAAA